AUGAAUUCUUAUCUGGGUAUUUUGACCUUUGUAUUUCAUGUAUUAUUGGUUAGUGGGUCGUCAAUAAAUCUUCCAAUACUAUCAUUUGAUGAAGGGUACUCACACCUUUUUGGAAAUGAUAAUCUUAUGGUCGUCAAAGAUGGAAAAUCCGUUCACAUCUCUUUAGAUGAAAGAACAGGUUCUGGAUUUGUUUCACAAGACCUUUACCUUCAUGGGUUUUUCAGUGCUUCUAUUAAACUACCUGCGGAUUACACUGCUGGUGUUGUCGUUGCAUUUUAUAUGUCGAAUGGGGACAUAUUCAAGAAGAACCAUGACGAAAUAGACUUCGAGUUCUUAGGAAACAUCAGAGGAAAAAACUGGAGAAUUCAGACAAAUAUUUAUGGAAAUGGAAGCACAAACGUUGGACGAGAAGAAAGAUAUGGCCUCUGGUUCGAUCCCUCAGAGGAUUUCCAUCAAUACAGUAUCUUAUGGACAGAGAAUCAGAUUGUCUUUUAUGUGGAUAGUGUCCCCAUAAGAGAGAUCAAAAGGACACAAGCAAUGGGUGGGGACUUCCCCUCUAAACCAAUGUCUUUGUAUGCAACUAUAUGGGAUGGCUCCGGUUGGGCCACAAAUGGAGGCCGAUAUCGAGUCAAUUACAAAUACGCCCCUUACAUAGCCGACUUUUCAGAUUUCGUUCUCCAUGGUUGUGCUGUCGAUCCUCUUGAUCAGUCCAAGUGUGAAGCUGCUCCGAAAUCCGAUUCAGUCCCUAGUGGCAUCAAUGGUGAACAGCGGGUGAAAAUGGAAAAUUUCCGCAAGAAGCACAUGCAAUACUCGUAUUGCUAUGACCGUUCUCGUUACAAGGUUCCUCCAUCCGAGUGUGUGAUCAAUGCCAAGGAAGCUGAACGACUUCGAGGGUUCGACCCAGUUACAUUUGGCGGGGUCCACCACCGUAGCAAACGAAACCACAGGACCAGAUCAAUCCAGGCCAAGGCAUCUUCCAUUUGA